AUGACAAGCGCUCAAAGCGACCUCUAUGUGCAAGUGUUAGAAGCAGUACCCAGCUGCGAAAGGGUGUCUCGGCUGGUAGAACGUUUUUCGGACGAGUUUGCACGUGCCCCAAGUUUCGUUGUGCGAUGCAGCGGAAGGGUGAACAUCAUUGGCGAGCACGUGGACUACUGCGGCUACCCUGUGUUCCCGAUGGCGAUCGAGCAAACGAUCUUGCUAGCGGUUGCUCCAUCGGAUGAUAACCUGCUGCACAUCAAAAAUGUCGACAACAACUUCAAGCCGUACAAGUGCAAUGUUCUUACGUUCAGCAUUGAUGUGCCUAGUAUCGGAGGUCCAAACUGGUAUCAGUACGUGCUAUGUGGCAUCAAAGGAGUGAUAGAGAAUACCACCCCGAAUGGCGUCGUGCCCCGGGGAAUGAUGCUUAUGCUUUCCGGCAACAUUCCUCCUGCUUCCGGAUUAUCUAGCUCGAGCGCCAUCGUAAGUGCCACAGUCUUGGGCGCCGCUUACCUGCAUGGUGCCACACUCAACAAACAAACGCUUGCCACCAUUUCUGCCGAGUGCGAGAAGUACAUUGGAACUCAGGGCGGUGGUAUGGAUCAAGCUAUUGCAUAUCUUGCGCAAGAAGGAUGCGCCCAGUUGAUAGAUUGGAACCCGCUCCGAGCUACACCAAUUCAGUUGCCAUCGAACGCAGUGUUCGUGAUUGCCAAUUGCCUAUCAGAAGCGAAUAAGGCAGCAACAUCCGACUUCAAUCAGCGCGUCGUCGAGUGUCGACUUGCGAGCAGAUUGUUGGCGAAACAAAUGAAGCUGAACUGGCGCGAUCUUAGUCGAUUCGCCGAUCUGCAAAAGGCGCUUGGUUUGUCGUUGAACGAGAUGGUGGCACUAGUACAGACUAACCUUGCACUUGACGUUUAUACCAGGUUGGAUUUGUUGAAGUUGCUCGAGGUAUCUGAUGAAGAUUUUUCCGAGCACCUGUUAACGCCCAACACACGCGACUCACAAACGUUCAAACUGAAGCAACGCGCUUUGCACGUUUUUGAAGAAGCUCUACGUGUGCAACAGUUUAUAGAAACGGCGAAAGCGACACCUGAAGAUUGCAUUCAGCGAAUGAAAACGCUCAUGCAACAGUCCCACGAGUCUUUGCGGACGCUGUAUGAGUGUUCGCAUGAAAAUCUGGACCGUAUUGUUAAAAUUUCGGAGCACCUGGGUGUUGGAACAAGGCUAACUGGAGCAGGAUGGGGUGGAUGUGUUGUAGCUUUGUGCGAUGGCGUGGCGGAGAGUGAGCGCUUCGUCGAUACACUUCGAACAGAGUUUUAUGCACACAUUCCUAAAGCGCAGACAUGCGAUAUCGCCAGCCUUUGCUUCACCACGAGUCCGCAACGAGGCGCGGAAAUAUACUCGAUUAAAACCCGAAAGGAGAUCUGCAGCCCAUGUGCCUAAUACCCAGGAUUAGUUUUUUUUUUUCCUUUUUCUACACUAGCUCAGUUACCAAGUCGUGGACACUUCGUGCUAGAUGGAUGCACUUUAACUUUUAAUCUGAUAGAUACAGGCUACGAGAUUCUUCAUGGGCGCCAUUAAUGUUGCAAUUUUCAGCGCUUUGUACUGUAACGGACUUCAAUUAGCAUUUACAAUGUUCAAUACUUCGUUGAGAUCGUCAAUUAGGAGCCACACACAGGACUAUGAUUAUU